AUAUCGCGUACUUAAAUAUCAAGAAUAUCAUUAAGUGAAUCGGAUUUUUUUUCUCAUCUUUAUUGCAAUCUCUUGAUUAUUAUUAGGUUUAUUAUUUCAGUGUUAUAUCCAAUCUUAUACGUUCUUGUGUGAUAUAAACAUGCCAAAUGCACCAGUUAAUAGUACAAUGAGCGGUAACCAAACAAAUAGGAAGAAAAAGUUGACCGGCCCAUAUGUUCAUGUAGCGAAAGCUAAAGGAGGAUCAAAAUUAACUUAUACAAUUGUAAAUGCAACCAAGAAACUCGACGAUGACAAAGACGGCGCUAAAAGAGGGUCCAGUGCAUGCAAUCGUAAUCUCUCUAUUAGUGGUCAAAACCAUUAUGGAGUUGGAAAUCAUCUACCAAAAAAUUCAUUGAACAUGUCUGCUACCAAAAAACAUUCUGUAUCAACGGAUUCAGAGUCCAUUCUUAAAGAUUCGAGUUGGAUUUGUAUAUUUUGUCAACAGAGACCUCAUUAUAAGGCGAUGGGUGAUCUUUUCGGUCCAUAUUAUAUUCCAGUGGAAAACAAUAGUGCUGUAAAUAAUCAAGUAAACCAACGUGAAGUUUGGUUUCAUGAAGAUUGCUUAGUUUGGUCUAAUGGUGUUUUUCUGGUUGGACAUAGAAUUAGGAAUAUUGAAGAAGUUAUUAAAGAUUGCUAUGAAAACGUUUGUUGUGAGUGCAAAUUAAAAGGAGCUUCUCUUGGCUGUCUCCAUAAGGGCUGUUCACCAAGAUAUCAUUUUCUGUGUGCGAAAGAGAAAGGUUGUGAUAUGAAUGAAGAAAAUUUCUCAAUCCAUUGUCCGAAACAUCGUUCGUUUCCAAGUUCGUCCCUGAACGCAAGGUAGAUGAUGGUAAUGAUGAAUUUUUACAUUAUUAUAUAUUUUCUUGAUUGAUUUUAUUCUAAUUUCAUCCAUUUAUCGCACUAUGUUCUUUCAAUGCCAAUCGCAUCUGUGAUUAUCCCAAAACUAUUCAAUCACCAUACAUUGUCAUAAAUUGUGAAUUAUAACAGUCUUUUUAUCAUCUAUUGACUUUUCUGGAACCCGUACAAAUUGUAAUUGUGAAAAUUAAGAUGUACUUUCAUCUUUUCAUGAUCAUUAAAGAUUUUUUCACUGAUUUUGUUAAA